GACCGUUUUCUGACUCAGCCAGAGGGGCUCUGGCUCUGGGUGGCACAGCUCCGCCCUCCGUUCCGCCCCGCCCUGCGCGCCGUGCUCCUCCCGGAUUGCCCCGCCCCGUGAGCCCAGCUCAGCCGCGACCCGGUUCGUCUAACCUGUGCGGUCGGCUUGGGCAUGGUGGACGCGAACCUGGGCAGGCAGAUGCAGGGCGCUGUGGCCGACCCCGCCCUCGGCCCGGUUACGCGGCAGGUCAGCGGCCGCGCCGCCCCAGCCGCAGUCCCGAGCGGCCCCGAGCGCGGGCAGCUCCUGGCCGCAGCAGUAGCCGAGCUGCCUGUGCUGGACGCCAACGCGAGGCAGGUGCCGUUCGGCGCGCUGUUUCGGGAGCGUCGGGCUGUCGUAGUCUUCGUGCGGCAUUUCCUGUGUUACAUUUGCAAGGAAUACGUAGAAGAUCUGGCCAAAAUCCCCAAGAGUUUUUUACAAGAAGCAGAUGUCACCCUAAUAGUGAUUGGACAGUCAUCCUACCAUCAUAUCGAGCCUUUCUGCAAACUGACUGGGUAUUCUCAUGAAAUCUAUGUUGAUCCUGAGAGAGAAAUUUAUAAAAAAUUGGGAAUGAAAAGAGGUGAAGAAAUUGCCUCCUCAGGAAAGAGCCCCCAUAUAAAAUCAAAUAUACUCUCAGGAAGCAUUCGGAGCCUGUGGAGGGCAGUGACUGGCCCUCUUUUUGAUUUUCAAGGAGACCCUGCCCAGCAAGGUGGAACCCUCAUCUUAGGUCCAGGUAACAACAUCCAUUUUAUACACCGUGAUAAAAAUAGGUUGGAUCACAAACCCAUCAACUCUGUUUUACAGCUUGUAGGAGUUCAGCAUGUGGACUUUACAAGCAGACCUUCAGUUAUCCAUGUGUAAUGGCAUAGACUGUUGUCACUUUCAAAUGGACCCUUGGGGUAGGACCUGAAAUGUUCAGAGUUGGGUGUCCUUGUGCAGUGUCUAACUUGUUGGCGUGUCCCAGCCUUUGAGGAGUUAUGAAAACAUGAAAAGACCACGUACCAGUCAUUGCAUGCUGGGAGGCGUUAGUUGUCAAAAAUAUGAUCUCUAUUUAUAAUUCUAUAGCUUUUAAAGUUUUAUUUAUAUAAAACUUUAAAAGCUAUAAAAUUAGAAAUACCAUUCUAUAUUUUGCAUUAUGGUAUAUCCAUUCAGUGAAACUUUCUGUUGGCCAUUAAAAUAAUAAAUUCUUUUGAAGAACAUAAAUGGAAAGGUAAGCAACUCACCAUCAUUUUAUCCAGGAAAAAAGCAGGAUAUCAAAUUCUGUAAAUAAUAUAAUCAUAUUUUUAUAUGUUUAUAUUUUUGUAUGCUUAGGAAAAAAUAUAGGAAAGAAACACACCAGAAUAUUGCCAGUAGGUACCUCUAUGUGGUAGGAUUACAGGUGUCUUUAUUUUCUUUUCCACGCUUUUCUUUAUCUCCGAACUAUUCUAUAAUGAGCAUGAUUCAUUUUUUUGGCCAGGAAAAAUUCUUUAAAUUUAUAUGAAGAAUAUAUUCCUACAUAACAAGUUCCGCAAAGUUGCAUUUAUAUAGGCUGCUGUCCAUGUUUCUAUCCUCACUGCUUUACUCAGAGGAAAUAUGGUAAACCAAACCUUCUGCAUAGCCUGUGUCCAAAGCACCUUGUACCACACACCCACUACCCAUUUCACUAGGAUUUCUGUGGGGAGGAGUAGGAGAAAAAAAUGUCUUAUGUAUUUAAGAUAUGUAUUUAAAAUACGCUUCAGUAUGCUUUUUGAAAGUAUUUUAAGAAUUGUUUAAACUAAAAAAAAAACUUUGUAACUUAAAUGUACACUGGUUUGGUUGCCAUAUUGCUUUUAUUUAGUGUAUUGUCAUCUUCUAUUUCUCUAGAAUCUUAAUAGGUUUAUAGUUGUGAAGAAAUUCUGAUGAAAAGUACAGUAAGAGCAAAUGUUGGUAAUUAUUAGCAAGUAUAUACUGCUUUGAACUUACAAACUUUUAUAUCAAGCAUAUGAGGUCACACACAAAUAUAUUUCAAGUAUCCACAUAUUUUAAUGUAUGUGUAUAUAUACAUAAACAAUCAUUUUUUAAUCAAUAAAAAUGAAAUUUCUCAUGAAAUUUAAAAUUAAGCAAUUUUGUGCUAUUUUUUUAUAGUAAGGAAGGACUGGUGACCCAGAUCCCUUUGCUGAUUUUAGACUUACAACUGCUGAAUAAUAGCUUACACAAAACUUCAUAUAUUUAUAAACGUAUAGUACAUUUACCUAAGAUACAUAAAUGUUCUUUAUGUAGCUUCAGGGAGAUAACAGUUAGACAAAGUGCAGUGGUAAAUUGCCGACCCAAACAAACAUAUUUAAUACAAAAAAAGAUUUCUGUUGUUUAAAGAUUUUUAUUUAUGUAUGUAUGUAUGUAUUUAUUUAUUUAUUAUUUGCCGGGGGG